GUUCAUUAUUAUUUGUAUAAGCUAUAAAAUUUGUAUUCGAUUUUUGUCCAAUGUAAAUUUUACGAUAAGUAUAUAAUGACAAUUUAUUUCUUGAAAAGUGAUACAUUUAACUAGACGUACAAUUGAUCCAAAUAACCAUUGCAAAUCAAUGAUAGUUUUUUGUUGAGAUUAAGAGAAAAUCUAGAUUUAGAAAAAAAAACGAGGUUUCUGUAAGCAUAACAAACAAGUUUUGACACUUUCACAAUUUUGCGUAAACGAAAAGUGCGUCUUUGCAAAUAAAAGUAAAGUCAUUGCCAGCACAUAAUAUUUAGCAUAUCUGGCUGAAAAAGUAACAUUUAUUUUAUUUGAUAAAUUUGGAAAAUUUGAAAAUUCGAUAAAUAUGAGCGAAAAUUGGAUUGGAAAGGCAGUUUCGAUAAAAUGUGUUGACGACUUUGGCAUUUUCCAAGGGACAAUCAAAGAUGCAAACGCAUCGAAAAUUGUAAUAUGCAGAGCAUUUCGAAAUGGUCUUCCGUUAAAAACGCCAGACGCAGAGGUCACAAUAUUGGCAAAGGAUAUAGUGAAGAUAAGUCUUAUUCCAUCACAUAACGCAGCCAAUGUAAAUAACGGUUCGCUGAACAAUGCGACACAAAUCGAUGAGCAAAUAUUCAACAAAAUUAAUAUUACGAAUAAGGAGACAAAACCUGUAAACAAAUCACCACCGGCUAAUCAAAAGGCAAAUUUCAAAGCAAAGUCACCCGUUAGCAUUAAAAAUGCAUUUGGGAAUUUUAUUCCGAAAAGUAUUGAAGUGAAAAUGGCCCAUUCAAGUGCACAAACAAUCAAUAGUGGCAAUAUUAAUAAUGCCAACAUCAGCAGCAGCAGCAGCAUCAAUAAUAAUAAUGGCAACAACCACAACAAUAGUAACAAUAACGGCAAUAAAUUGGCAUCAGGUGUUGUGAUACUGCAACGAAAUGCAAGUCAACCAAUUGACAUAGCUGCAUCGUCAAAUAAUGGUACAUUUAAUAAACCUAGUGCCCCAACGGUUGCACAGCAAUUGGCAUUCAAUAAAAUGGACAAAAAGAAAGCAAAUCGCAAUCGAUUUGACAAAAAUAUUACGUUUAGCACCCCGGUGGAUGAUAUUGUUCUGGACGAAGAGUUUGAUUUUGAAAAAAAUUUGGCAUUGUUCGAUAAACAAGCAAUUUGGGAUAAGAUUGAUGCAAAUCAGAAACCAGAUCUGGUGCGACAUGUUAAUAAAAAAGUGAAAAACUAUCGACAUGACGAAAACAUUCUAACGUCAAAACCAACGGGCUAUCGUCAAAUUACGCUAAAAGAUCGUUGUACUGCUCAAGAAUAUGUGACUGAUGAUGGCAUCAUCAUUCCGACUAUUUCCGCUGAAAUUCGUUCACGAAUUCAAUUAAAAGCCGAAGUCUUUGGAUUGGACUGGGAAAGACAAUGCGAUAUGCUGUCACGGAGCACCGUUGAAUUGUGUUUACAAGUGUUGGGCGGUGCACGUCGUUUAUCGCUGAAGAAUCAGCAUCAGUGGCCAAAAAUUGCAAUUAUUUGUGAUGAGAUGUGCAACGAACGCUAUAGUGAAUUAGGUUUUGCAACUGGCCGUCAAUUGGCUUCACAGGGACUACAGGUACACAUUUUGGUGAAACCGAAUUUAAGUUCGGCACUAAAAAGCAAUCGAGAAGCUGAACUAUUCAAGGCCACCGGCAAUGCCAUUACAAUGUCUGUCGAUGAAAUGCCAUCAUGUGAUCUCAUUAUUUUAUCGCUUCCAAAGCCAAUUGUUGAUAAAAAUGUUCUAAAGUGGAUAACCGAAAGCCGAUCACCGAUAAUGGCCAUCGAUCCUCCAGCUUCUGGCAUACCAAUGUUGACGGUUAAGUGUUCCAUUCUUCCGAUAUUACCAUUAGAAAAUAUAUCGCUUACCUGUGGCAAAUUGUAUUUGUCCAAUCUCGCCAUUCCGGAAAAAUUCUAUCGUGAUGCUGGCAUUAUUUACAAAAGUCCAUUCGCCCAUAAAUUUGUGAUUCCAUUGCAUUUGGUGAAUGAGAACGAGGCCAAAAGUGACAACGAAGUAUCACCAUCUUGAACACCUGCGACGAUGAGUGCGUGUCACGUUGUGGCAAUGUACGGUUAAAGAAUGCGGUUCCAGUACAAUUACAUUUCAUACAACAU